AUAGCUUCGAUCGGACGUGUUAAGUGACGAGUGGUGCUGUAUCGAGUGAGGCACGGAUCGUCAACAAGUGUCUCCAGCAAAUGGAUAAGUUGUUGUAAUUUGCUCCGUCCAUACGCUUUGUUUUCGUAUAUGAGUGCUUUCGUGAUCAACACGACUACUUACAAUUUACCGGGUUUCCGAACAGGAAAAACGAGUACCUAGUGUUAUUAGCAACCGUGUAUUCAAUGAGUGGGAUCAUUCAGUCAGUGGCAUACACUAAAUAGCAGAGCAAAUUGUGAAUACUACACAUCACUGUGACAUGCGCUUCUGUAUUGGUACAUAGCAAAGUGCGCAAAUUAAGCUUCGAAAUGUGCAACAUAUAUAUUUGGAGAAUCAGAAUCAAAAUGUGAAAUGAUAUCAUCUCGCAGGUGAACAGUUAUCGUAGAAAAAUAUAGCCUAGAAGAGCCAGCCGUAACUUGCGUACCAAAAAAGAUCGUGGAAAAGUGCGUUUAGUGACAGGUGAACAACGAAUAAAAAUAAAACAUAGAAAAGCAAUGGUUCAAGGAACGGUUUGCAGUAUUUGGCUGUCAUCUACGCUGAUGUUGAUUCUGCUGAUUUUGUGUACCAUCAGUGUGAUGGUAACGCCAACGGAAUCUUCCUCCGACUUCACACCACUAGUGAGACCCCGACCGGAAAAUCAUUCUUCCAACGGUAAUGAAUCAUCUAUUUCUGAUGCAGAUGUACAAAAGCGCAUUCAGGAAGUUUUUAACCGUAAGGGAUAUUCAAACCCAGAUCCUAGUCCAAAUGAUUCCCAAGAAGCACAGCCUGAAGUAGUAGCAGUGAGAAUUGCUAGUCAACCGACGAGACGGCGCAAGCGUCCAUUAUGGAAAAUCGAUGAAAAUUUCGAUCCAAGAAAAUCGUACGUUAUCAAACAUCCAAACGGAACAAUCACCUACGUACCACCGAAGGACUUAGAUAUAAGCGGCACAGUUGCCACUGGGACUACGACUACGCCGAGCAGCACCGUAACCAACGUGCUCAUCGAUAAGAUGAGUGAAGCAAGUACGAGCGAUAGUGUAAAUUCUCGAAGUUCCCGUUUCGUAUUCCCCAACGAUCUGGAACCGAGAAUUGACAAAACAGAAUGUACCCCGGAGUUCCCAGUCUGUAGCAACGUAUUCGACUAUCCGCACGAACUCAUAAACGACAUCGUAGGGCGACAGAAGGAUCGUUAUGCCGAAGUCUUUGGAAACGACGUUGUGGUGGAAAGUGGUGACAAACUUGUUCAACGGUUUGACAACGUGGACGAAGACGGAAAUGCUUUUGAGUACAUUUGUGAUAGCGAAGAAAGACUGAUUCACCCAAAAAGUGGAUUCACCACGGAUAACACAUCAGUCAUGAUUAUAAACACCAAGGACUAUAUGCAAGGUGUGCGAAUAGAAACUUGCCGAAGACGAGGAGAGCCAUGUGAGAAACUAAGCCCCCUUUUCGCGAGAACGGAAUGCAAGCAAGUUUAUCAUUACCGUACUCUGUUGGCAAUCGAUCCGAAGACCAAUCAACCGUACAAGGAAAAGUUUAAAUUGCCAUCGUGCUGCAAAUGUGUGAUAGUGCCGCUGGAUGGUUCUGCAUACAGGAAGAAAAGGGAAACGGAUGGAUUGUGACGCGAUGACAGGGAAAAACUACUCUGUUGAUAUCUAUUUGUUUCAACCUGUGCAACACAUUAGCUUAAGAACAUAAGGCAGCAAUUUUACUCAGGAUGUGAUUAGCCAUCUGCGCACUAAUAACUUCAUGUGAAUGUUACUUUUAUGCUAUGUAUCAUAAAUCUUCUAAACCGUCAAGUCAUGUAAUGUCGAUGUUAACUUUCGUUGAAAUACAAUUAAUUUUUUACUAUUAUCUUGGCUUACUAAGUUAGUGGCGUAAAAUGUUCAAGUCACUUUGAAAAUCCUUUAAGGCAAAGGGCUGCAUCUUUUUUUUUUCGGAAAAGAUCCCGUAACCUAUCAACGUUAGUUGAUCUCUGUAUACGGGUGCUUAGCUACUCCGGUUUAUUACCAUCUGCGUGUUUUAAAACCAUUACAGAAACCAUCAAUGGAAGCCAACAAAAUCAUUUAAUGGCUUCGACUUUUGGCGCAAAACAACGCACAAGAUGGAAUGUACUAAAAUAAGCCCAACAGAGUAAGUUCGCACAACUUUCGAAGCAUGACGCUUGAAAUUCGAAAUCCAUUGGCCAAACUUUGGAGAACUGUCGUUUGGGCAGGUACUGUUAUAUCCUGGAUUGGAUGAAGAAACGCUCCCCGGGGACAUGCGCCCAUCGUCGUCAAUUGAAGAACACCAGUUCGAAACCUUAUCACGGCCUAAUGUUAUGCACAAACCUAUGCUGUCGAGCCAGUGGACAAGGAGAAUGUUUACAGACAAAUGAAAGCCGUCAUUUUAAAGAAUGGCACCAAGAUCACUCUUCCUAAAAAAAAAAAGUCACUUGGGUUUCCCGUGAUGCACACACUGAGAAUCAAAUCCGGAGUAUCAAGUCCGGAAUAAAUUAGAUUGGCCUACGCCUACCGUGGAUCUAGACGUGAGAGGAGAGACUCGGGCCAGUUAUAUGAUCCAGCAGUGGAAAGGUGGUUCGUUAAAGAGCUUGAGACCUCAGUAACGGAUGUUCCAGAAGGUGGCAGCGUUGAAGAACAAUCGACAGCCAUCAGAAAUGCCUCUAUUGAGAAUAGUGAGAAAAACCUCGGUGCGCUACGCCCUAAGAAAAAUAAGGGGAUCAUGGGUGAAAUCAGGUGUAACUAUAGUCAAAGUCAAUAAACAUUUUAUCUUCCGCUAUCCAAUAAGCCUCCUCCACCAGAACGAAAGCCGCUUCCAGUGGUUUCAUUGUAUGGCAGAUUCGCCAACGGGGGUCAGGGCGCUUCCAUUGCAGCAA